AUGGCGACCGCAGCCAUCGACAUACCCUACAUCGCCGCGUCCUACGCUGUCUCCGAACCCACACUUCGGACGCUACUCGACGCUCCCACUGUUGAGCUCGUCAGCUCACUCUUAGAGAAAAUUGAAGCAAAGGCUCGCGAGUUUGACAAUGUCAAAGCGGAGAAGCUCCGUUCUGAUGUCGAGCUUGAGAACGCGGUCAGAACUGGGGAUGCCCGCGCCCGAGCACUCAAAGCCUCGGUGGACAGGGGGUUAAGGGAAAUAGAAGACUACAGGAGGAAGCUUAAUGAGGAGGAAAAUGCACGCGCGUCGAUCGAGUCGGAGCUGCAGACGCUCAAGUCAUCUAGUACAAGUUCAACGUCUGAGGUCGACGCACUCCGAUCACGCAUCAACUCGCUCGAAUCUUCCAAUCGCGACACCUUGUCGCUGCUCGAGGCAAAGUCUACCGCUUACGACAAGCUCGCGGAGGAGCUCGCAGCACAGCACCAGAAAAUCACGAGCUUACGUCGCGAGGUAUCUGAGCUGGAACAGAAGAAUCAGGCCGCUGAGAACGCGUCUAUGAGCACAAAGUUUCGUGAACAGGCCUUGCAGCAAGAGGUUGACCUGCUCAAGAAGAACAAUGAGUGGCACGAGACCGAGCUACAAACGAGGAGCCAGGAAUACACGAAAUACAGGAAGGAGAAGGGAGCCCGGAUCGCUGAGCUUCAGCGCCUGAACGAAGACGCUAACCAAACGAUCGAAUCGCUCCAGCGCACAGAGAACACCCUACGGAAUCGCCUCGAGGAGGUCAAUGCGAAAGCAGAGGACGCGUUUGCAAGGAUACAACAGCUUCAAGAAGCCGCUGCGAAGUCUGAAGAGUCCUUCCGGGUCGAACUUGACAGCUCCCAGCGUCUUGCCGACCUUCAGAAGCAAAGCGCGGAUACGGCGAGGGCGCGAUUACAGGAUGUGCAAGCACAACUCGACCAGAUUAAGGAGGACGCGGCAGAUGAGCUUGGACGGAUGCAGGCUGAGGUCGAGACAGAACGGUCGGAGAAGGAUCGCGCUGAGCAGCGCGUCGUGGAGCUGGAGCUUCAGGUGGAAACGCUUGAAGCAAGUGCUUCUGCAGCGCAACGUCCCGGUUCAAUCCCAAGCACACCACGGCGCGGCAUCAACGGGUUGGGCAACAUGGGCACCCCGGCACGACCCAGCUCGCCUGGCAUUUUCACCCCUGGUGCGUCCCGGAUGAAAGGUAGCAUGAGCUUUACGCAACUUUACUCCGAACAUUCUCAAAUGAAGACCGAGCUCGAAGCCGAAAGGCGGCGCAACGAGAAGCUCAGCUCGACAAUCGAGAGCAUGCUGCAAGACCUCGAAGCGAAGCAGCCGGAAAUCGAAGAGAUGCGGGUCAAUCACGACAUCUUGAACAGUCAAGUCACGGAGUACAUUGCUCUUCUCGAGGACCGGAAUCAAGAGAUGGACAAUCUGCGAAGAGAGGCAAGGAGAUGGGAAGGUCAGGUGGAAGGGCUGGCACGAGAGGGCGACAUUCUUCGUCAGCAACUCCGAGACCUCAGUGCCCAGAUCAAGAUAUUGCUCAUUGAGAUUCAAGCUCGCGAUGUGGGUCUAGAAGCGCUGAGCGCAGCCGAUCAAGCCCAGCUCGAGCGAGUUGUGCGAGGCGAGAUUGAGGAAGCGGCGGUCGAGGGCAUGAGCGACACAGCGCGGUUCAUCACCCAGAGGCUCACAAUCUUCCGAAACAUCCAAGAGCUGCAGGAACAGAACACGAAGCUUCUACGCGUCACGCGCGAGCUUGGAGAGCAGAUGGAGGGUGAGGAGGCUCGCAGAAGGCGAAAUCAAGACGAGCAGGAUCGCCAGGAACUCGCGGCGUUGCGUGAGAGGGUAGCGCGGCAUCAAGACGAGAUGAGGACCAUGAACACACAGGCUGAGAGCUACAUCCGCGAACGCGACAUGUUCCGGCGUAUGCUGGCACAUCGUGGUCAGAUUCCCUCCGGAGCCGACACCACUGCAAUGUUUGCACAGUCGGUCGAUGGCCGGGCGUCAACUAACGCUACACCACCACCAGGGGCCAAUGGUCCAGGCACCGAACAGUCCUCGAGCGCGAAGGAGCUGGCCGAUUACGCCAAGCUUGUCAAGGAAAUGCAGAGCCACUUCGACGCAUACCGUAAGGAGAGCGCUACUGACCAAGCCGCACUCAAGCAGCAACUUGACAGGCUAGCCAAGGAAAAGAGCGAGCUUCAGAACGAGAUGGUACGCGCCAGCAGCCAACUUACGCUUGCUCACGAACGGUACGAGCUGUUGCAAGCGAAUCUGAACAUGUUCAAGGACGAGAACAGCCAGCUACAAAAGCAAAAGCAGUCUUAUGCCGAGACGGCGGCAAGGCAGGAUCUCCGAACGCAGCAAGUCGCAGAGGAGCUUGUUGAGGCAAAAGGUCUUGCCGAUAGCAUGCGAAAUGAAAUGGCAAAUCUCAAAGCUGAGCGGGAGCUGUGGAAGAAGAUCGAAGCGCGCUUGGCCGAGGACAAUCGCGUGCUUAUGGACGAACGCAGCCGGCUUAACAAGAUGAUCAGCGACUUACAAAACCUACAGAACGAACGCGAACUGUCGGAGUCCGAAAACCGCCGCCGUCUACAGAGUCGAGCAGACAACUUAGAGUCCGAGCUCCAGAGUCUAAGGCGCAAGCUCGAUGACGAGGUGGAGGAGAAUAAGAAGACCGCACUGCGGAGGGAAUACGACCAGGAGCAGAGCCGGACUCGGAUCGAUGACCUGGUUAAGAGCCUGAGCAAUACGAAGGAGGAGCUCGCAGCGGCGAAGACCCAUCGGGAUGAGCUCCAAGCGAGGAUUGACGAGAUGAAGGCCGAUCUGCGCAACGCCGAAGAGCGGGCUCAAGCACUGCAACCGCGGCCAACACCCCAGGCUAAUAGCGCAAGCGCUGACGCUUCAGCUUCGGCGGACAAUGAAAAUGAAGCGUUGAGCAGAGAACAGGAGCUUGGUGUUGAGGUUGCUGACCUUAGGCGUGAUCUGGAAUUGGCACGAGCGGAGCUUGAGGCUGCCAAGGGCGACAUCGUACAAUACAAGUCUAUCAGCCAGUCUUCAGAAGACGCUCUGGAGAAUCUCCAGCAAGCUUCCGAUCAAUAUCGUGAGGAGAUGGAUGCGAUUGUUGCAGAGAAGGAUGCCAGAGUCCGGGAACUCGAGCAGCGUGUGGAAGACAUCUCGGCAGAACUCAACACCACCAACAACCAGCUCAAUGAGCUUCGCAAGGAGCAAGAAGAGAGUACCACGAAACUUAACGAGCAGAGGACAACGUUUGAGUCUGAAAUCACGAGGCUGAAGGACGAUAAUGAACGCCAUGCCGAGACUGCAAAGCUCUACCAGGAGGAUCUGAAAGCUCAAGCGGAGAUCGCCCAGCAAGCACAGCAGAGUUACGAGACCGAGCUCGUUCGCCAUGCCGAAGCUGCCAAGUCUCUGCAGAAGGUCCGUACCGAGUACAACCAACUACGGACCGAGGUCGCAGAGAUCAAAGCUGAAGCCCAAGCUUCGAAGGCGUCACUUGCGCAGAGCGAGGAGAGCUGGGCCGAGACGCGAAACCGGUACGAGCGGGAACUAGAGGAAUUGAAGUCUCGGCGCGAGGACGUCAACGCGCAGAACCGAAUCUUGCAUCAACAGUUGGAGAAUGUUAGCUCGCAAAUCGCAGCUCUUAAACAGAACCGGGCAUCGACGCCAGCGGACGGUGAGGCUGCCACAUCGCCUUCUUCCGGCGUGGACAACCUUCAGGAGGUGAUCCGCUACCUGCGGCGCGAAAAGGAGAUUGUAGACGUCCAGUACGAGCUCUCGAUUCAAGAAGCGAAGCGGCUCAAGCAGCAACUCGACCACACCCAGGCGCAGCUUGACCAGACCCGCGAGAAGCUCAACCAAGAACGCCAAAGCCAGGCUACCAAGGACCAGGACGCCAUGAGCCACAGCAAACUUAUGCAGACAAUCAACGAGCUUAAUCUGUUCCGCGAAAGCAGCACGACGCUCCGGAAUGAGGCUCGCCAGGCUCAGGCACAGCUUGCGGAGCGCACCAAGGAAGUCGAAGACCUCCUUGCACAGGUCCAGCCACUACAAACCAGGACGCGGGAACUCGAGAACGAGCUCGAGAUCAAGGACGGCGAGCUCAACCUGCUUCAGCAGGACCGAGACAGGUGGCAGCAACGCACUCAAGACAUCAUCUCGAAAUACAACCGUGUCGAUCCUGCAGAGAUCGAGUCCUACAAGACCCAGAUCGAGGAACUGACAACCGAGCGUGAUCGGCUGGCAUCGGAAAAGCAGCCGAUGCAGGAGCAGAUCGACGGCAUCCCGGAGCAGAUUCGCCUCACUAGAGAAGAGAUGCAAGAUACCUUCAAUAAGAGUCGCGAGAAGUUAGUGGAGCAGUUCAAAGCUCGGUCGCGCGAACUAUCCGGCAAGAUUAGGGAUUCGAACAAUGAGAAUCAGAGGGUGACUGGUGAACGGGACCAGCUGACUCAGGAGCUCAAUGCUGUUAGGGCUGAGCUAGAGGAGACGAAAGCUGCCAGGGACGAGGCAAUUGCGAACGCCAAGUCAGCUGACGCCGCUAUGGAGAAUGGCAUCGAGGAAGGUCAGGUGGACGAGGGCUUGGGUGGCACUCUGACGAUGUCAAGUGAGGAGAAGGCUGCGUUGGAAGCCCGCAUCAGUGCUGCUGAGGCGAAGGCGAACGAGGAGUCUGCAAGAGCCGCUGCUUUGCAAAAUGAGGUUGAAGCUCUGCAAGGGCGGAUCCGGGAGCUCGAGGGCCAAGUAACUGAGCUCCAACAACAUCUCGAGACCUCGUCGGCAGAUCUGGCGUUGCUGCGCAGCCAAAUGCCAAUGUCAAAUUCUAUCCCAGACGCGGAGUCAGCGGAAACCCUCGAACGACUCCGAAACGAUCUCUCAACAGCCCAGCAAGAAGUCGAAACACUCAGAGCCAACGCCACCGUUGCCUCGGUCCAGGCGACCACAGACGACUCUAAGUCGGUUGCCGACCAGGUUACUGAGCAAGUAGCUGCUAUCCGGGCAGAUCUAGAAGCGAAACACGCCGAGCGCGUGAAGGAGCUUGAGGAGCAAUUCUCACGCCGUGCCGACAAUAUGAGAAAACAACUCUCCACAAAACUGACUGAUGGAAGGGCGCAAUAUCGCGAGGAAGUCCGGAAGGAGUACGAAGGAAACAUGCAAAAUUUGCGGAAUGAGCAUGAGGCUGAGAUACAGCGCCUGAAGUCUGAGCACGAAGAGGAAGUGCAGCGGAUGAAAUCUCAAGCACCGCCUGCUACCGAAGACGCUGGGAAGGGCGAGCCCGUUGGGAGCAUUAUCGUGGAAGCGAUAGCUGAAGGAUCAGCGCCGGGUGAAACGCCAACAAUCAAACCCGAAGCAGAAAAAUCUUUUGCAGAUUGGAAGCCAUCUGAAGCCGAAGUCAAACAUUUCCUCGCUACCAACGAUACCGUCAAGGAGAUAGUUCGACGUAACAUCCGGAACAAGCUCAACGAGGAGAAAGAGGGCGUAGCGAGACAGGCAAAGGAGGAGCAAGAGAAAGUAACCGAAGAGAGGCUCGAGGAGGCGCGAAAGCAGGCAGACGAAGCCAGACAAGCCGCCGUCAUCGACGCGAGACAGCAAGCCACGAACCUGGAGAGCAAGCGCUCAAGCCUCAAACUCGGAAUGGCGGAGAAGCAACGUGAUGCUGCAAAGGCGAAGUGGGCGGUCGUGGAGCAGGCGGCAAAAGAGACGCCCCAGCGACCCGUCGUAGAAGUAUGGGAGAUCGCCAAGGACGCAAAGCCAGCGGCCACCAAUGCCUCCGCACCACCCUCAUCGGUUGCGCCGUCGUCGUCUCCAGCGCCGGCGCCCGCCCAGCUGCACCAAGGCUCAUUCGGACGCCCAAGCGGCCCGCCCGCACAGCCAGCACAGAAUCAACAACCACCCCAACCCGACGGCGGCUUCUUCAAACCAGGCCUAUCCGGUCGCCCAGCCGCACCGCCUCAAGCCUCAGCAGCAUCAACCACCUCCUUCGGCCAACCCACUCCCGCUACUUUCCAGCAAGGCCCAGCCUCCAGCAGUCCCAUGCAUCUGCAAUCCUCUCCAGCGCCCCCAACACUCAUCCAAGGACAAGGACAACCCCAGACCGCACCAGCACCGCAGGACCUACCUCGUGGCUCCUCGCCCGCCCCAUUCCAGGGCCAGCAGCAGAACCAACAGCAGCAGGGCCAAGGUCAGGGUCAAGGUCAGGGUCAGCAGAACCGCGCUCAACCCGCGGGCACCGGUCCCGCCGUCCUUCGCGGUAUCCUUGGCGCGGCGAACCAGAAUCAGACGGGUAUUCCGCGCGGUGGAGCCAUACCUCGACCGGGCGGCGGCCGUGGUGGGUUCAAUCAACCACCUCAGGCACAGCAGGGUAUGCUGCCGCCGCAGCAACUCCAACAGCAGGGUGGCCAUCCGCAGCAAACCAUGAAUCAAAACCUCAAUCAACGAGGUGGCGCAUCGGGCUUACCGCGUGGUGGGGGUAGAGGAAGGGGCGGUCGUGGCCGCGGUGGAGAUCAGAAUCAGAUGCCGCACCCGCCGGUGCCGCAGGAGCAUGGCGGGCAGGGGAGUCCGCGCGGAGGAAUGAAUCCGGGGGCCAGGCAGUUCGUGCCUGGUGGUGGGAACAAGCGGCCGCAUGAGGGAGGAGACGAUGGGAGUGGGGGGAAGAGGGUUAGAGGUGGUGGUGGUGGAGGAGGGAAUUAG